CAUGAGUCACAUGAUCCCAAAACCCGGAAGUCAUGGGUUCUCUGAGACAUACGAGCGAACACAGGCGCAUUUAGAGCGUCAAAUAUGCCUCUGUAUCACCAAAACGUGUUUUUAACCGUGUGGGUGCUGUGUGUUUGCGCCAUCGCGUCAAGCAAAGGUGCUAACGUCAACCUUUCUGUUUCGGUCGAGUCGCUUGUUUUCAAGGCGGCGGCGGUGGAGGAUGACUCUUCCGCGUCCUUCCUCCUGCUAUCCGCCUUCCCGGACGACUUGGAGGUGAGCGACUACUGCAGCGAGCUGCUGCGCAUCUUUGGCCAGCGCUAUGUGACUUAUGUCAAUUGCCUGGUGCCGUCUGCGCGGCCGGUUAAAGUUUGCCGGAACUGCUUCGGUGCCUACGGCAACCUGGUGACCACCUACAUGAACAUCUCUUCCGAACAGUUGGGACCUGGCAAUGAGAGCUGCAGGGACAGCCUUCUGCGCAGUGACCGUCUCAUGCUGGUUUAUUUGCUCUUUAACAACCUGAAGGAGCUGUGGACCAAAUCCGCCUGUGACAAAUGCAUCAACGACAGAUUCCAGAGCCUCACCAACGAUACGCUGUACUUUAUGUCCACUCUCAACCAAACUCUCACCUGCUUUGAUCGAUACCAACAGGGCAAUCACACAGAGCUGUGCAAAAACUGUAAGAGUGCCUAUAAGGGGCUCAAUGAGCUAUACAGCAGCAUGGAGAAGAAUGACUCUAUGUGUAUUGACGUUGAGGAUGGGAUGAACAUGACCCGCCGGCUGUGGAGUAAAAACUUCAAAUGUUCCUUCCCCCGGGAGGAGACGGUGCCUGUCAUCGCCGUGUCGGGCUUCAUGCUCUUUCUGCCCAUCAUCUUCUACUUGAGCAGCUUCCUUCACUCGGAACAAAAGAAACGCAAGCUCAUACACCCCAAGAGAGCAAAGUCGUACACCUCAAGUCUGAUGAACAUUGAGGACAAGCAGAGCUGAUGGCUGACAUCACUGACUUUCCAGGUUUGCACAUUUUGGAGGUUUGUGGUCACAGCGGCCGUUCCUCUCAGAAGACUGAUGGUCUGUAUUUACAAGUCCCACAUUCAUUUCGUGUCAACCCCCCCUUGGAGGUUUCAAUGUAUACAGUUGGCAACAGAUCAUCCCAUCGUCCUUGACUUUCAUUUGACUUUUUAAAUGCCGUUCCAAACAGGUAUGUGUUAUUAAAUUAAGGUAUUUUCACUUCAA